AUGAACAGCUUCUUCAACAAUCCCAGUAGACCAAGCCCGCGGCCAUGGCCAAACAGGAAGAAGCAAACCAACAAAUCCGCCGUAUGUAUUUUCUCCGUCUCUCUACUCGCCGUUCUUCUCUUCGUAUUGGUCUUCUUCAUCACGUGGUCGGAGAUACCCAAAUCCGUCUUCUCUAUCUCUGCAUUCUCCGGAUCCGUCCAAUUCCCUCAGUGCAGAUCCGAGAUACUAGCUCGAACUCUUCUAGGUCAGAGAUUUCUCUGGUACGCUCCCCACAGUGGAUUCAGCAACCAGCUCUCGGAAUUUAAGAACGCGGUUCUGAUGGCCGGAAUUCUCAAUCGGACCUUGAUCGUUCCUCCGGUUCUGGAUCAUCACGCCGUCGCUCUCGGCAGCUGCCCGAAAUUUAGGGUUUUGAGCCCGAGCGAGAUACGCCUCUCCGUUUGGAACCAUUCCGUUGAGCUUCUUAGAACUGGCAGGUACGUUUCGAUGGCUGAUAUUGUAGACAUUUCGUCGCUGGUGUCUUCUUCGGCUGUUCGAGUGAUUGACCUCAGGUACUUCGCGUCUCUACUGUGUGGUGUUGACUUGGAGACUCUAUGCUCUGGCGAACUAGCUCAACAGUCUCAGGCUUACGAAUCGCUGAAACAGUGUGGCUAUUUGUUAUCUGGAGUCCGUGGUAAUGUGGAUAAGUGUUUGUACGCUGUGGAAGAAGACUGUAGAACCACUGUUUGGACGUAUGAUAAGAAGGGAGAUUCUCACGGAAAGUUAGAUUCUUUCCAGCCAGAUGAGAAGCUCAAGAAGAAGAAGAAGAAGAAGAAAAUGAACUACGUGAGAAGGCGGAGAGAUGUGUACAAGAGUCUUGGACAUGGCACAGAAGCUGAGUCUGCAGCUGUUUUGGCGUUUGGGAGCCUCUUCACUGCUCCAUACAAAGGCUCUCAAUCGUAUAUCGAUUUCCAUGAGUCUUUGACUGAGAAGGUCGAUUUCCUUCCGUUUGUUCGAGAGGUAAUGAGUGCUGGGAAGAGAUUUGCGUCGGGAACGAUCAAGGCGCCGUUUCUUUGCGCGCAGCUUAGACUGCUUGAUGGGCAGUUCAAGAAUCACAGGGAGGGGACGUUCAUGGGUUUAAACCAGAAGCUGGAGUCUUUGAGGGUGAAGAAUCUUGGUCCGGUUCAUGUGUUUGUGAUGACGGACCUUCCUGAGAGUAACUGGACCGGGACUUACUUAGGUGAUUUGUCCAAGAACUCGACUAAUGUUAAGCUACACUUGCUGAGGGAAGAAGAUGAAGUAGUGUUGCGAACGCAGCAGGAGCUUGCUUCAGCUGGUCACGGCCAGAAAUUUGGGUCUAUUCCGAUGAGUCUUGCUAGUAUCAAGAAGAUGGAGAGCCAUUGUUCUCCUCGUAGGUUAUCCAAUGUACGGCUUUACUUGGAGGAAGCUGUUUGCAGCUGUGCGUCACUGGGUUUCGUCGGGACUGCAGGGUCUACAAUAGCUGAUAGUGUAGAGAAGAUGAGGAAAUUCAAUGCUUGUAGUAGUUGA